GACGGACCGGCUCUGGCAGCGCACCGGCGCGCACACACACCCUCGGGCGACCGGCGCCUCCCAUCCUGUGGAAUUUAUCCUUCCUCCCAUCCUAGCGCACCAGCCCCUCCCCCGUGCUUCGUCCUCUCUCCCGCUCUCCUGAAAAUAAAACCAAAGGGGUUGAUUGGUGGCUUUAGGUGGCGGCGGGGAGCGGAGGACAAGCCUCCUUCUCCCAAGCUGGACCAGGGUCCGAGCCGGUCGGGGGGCCAUGGAUUUGGAGAUGUCCUAGCCGCGCCCGGCGCCCACAUCCGCUUGUCCCCUCGGCCCGCUCUCCAAACUCUCCCCACGUGAAAUGGAACAGCGGGGACCGAUCAGCGCCCUCCGAUACCUGCUGCUGCAUGCCCCGCUGCUCCUCAUAGCCAACGCUACAUUCACCGAAGUCCCCAAAGAUGUGACUGUUAGGGAGGGAGAAGAUAUUGAGAUGCCCUGUGCUUUCCGGGCGAGUGGAUCAACCUCCUACUCGCUGGAGAUCCAGUGGUGGUAUCUUAAAGACCCGCCCCGGGAGCUGGCCCACGAAUUAGCGCUCAGUGCCCCUGGCAGCAGAAACAAGGUAACAAAUAAGGAUGCAACCAAAAUCAGCACCGUGCGGGUACAGGGCAAUGACAUCUCGCACCGGCUGCGGCUGUCGGCCGUGCGGCGGCAGGACGAAGGCGUCUAUGAAUGCCGAGUGUCGGACUACAGCGACGACGAAACGCAGGAGCACAAGGCCCACGCGCUGCUGCGGGUGCUGUCGCGCUUCGCGCCGCCGGACAUGCAGGCCGCCGAGGCCGUCUCUCACAUCCAGAGCAGCGGCCCGCGUCGCCACGGGGCUGCCGGCCGAGCCACUUCCGAGCCUGGUCGGGACAAGCGGCCCCCGGAGGGAGCCACCAACGCCGAGGCCGCAGCCGCCCCAGCCGCCGCCGCGGCAGCGGCAGCGGGCGCAGCAGCUGCGGGAGCGGCAGCGGGCACCGGGAGCGAGGCUGCCGCGGCCUCCGCGGCCAAUGCCGCCGCCACCACCGCCGCUGCAGCCGCCGCCGCGGCCACCGCCGCCUCCUCUGCCUCUCCUCCACCGGGCAGGGCGGUCAUCCUCCGCCAGAGGCACGGCUCCGGUACGGGACCUAUUUAUGCUACAGACCCAUUCCUGUACAUGUUCCUGUUAGCACUGCAUAAGCUUAUACACUUGUUAGUAAACCACUGAUGGACCUCAGUAUCCAAUAUUCCUCAGCCAAACACAAAAUGAACCUAUUUCAAUCCUUGGUAAGAACUUCUGUGUCCCAUAAACAGACAGAGAAAGACUGAGAGAAGCAUGAAAAAUUCUACAUGGAAAAAAAUCAUAUUUUUGGGGAAGUUACACAAAGUAGACCACCUAAAAUAAACACAUCUAGUUUCCAAAUAAGAUGAUGUGUAAGCCUGCUCUAUGCAUGGCUUCAAUGAUUUCUCUAUUUCAAUGUCAUUUUCUUUUUUAAACUCUUCCUCCGAUUCUUCAUUUUGCACGAACUGUUGAGCAGUUAUCUUUAUGACAAUAUGUACAAAUGUGGGAUCCAAGCCUUUCAGAUGAAGGGGACUAUUUUUAGUAGAUGAUUGUAUUUUGUUUUAUUUAGGUUUUUGUUAUGUUUUAUUUUUUAAUUUUCCCUUUCUGUUGAGUUUUUUCUUUUUGGAUUCAAGUAAAUUAUUUCUUUGGAGACAUUUUGAUUAAAAAAAGGCACAUCUUAUCAUAAUUAAUAUUCACUGUCAAUAAUAUUUAUUUUUAAAUAAAGAUUGGAAACAAGGUAAGACAUUUGUUUAUAAACUGUAUUGUAUAUUGCUGAAUAACAGUUGAAUAAAAAAAGACUUUGAAAUAACA